CUCUUUAGUUGUAUAAGUGUAUAAUUAUAAACAUAUCCUAAUUAUUUUACUUGCUUGUUUUGUCUGUUAUUGUCAUGUAGAAGUGCACCCUGAUUUCUUCUCAAUUAAAGUCCAUCAUGGGGGUGUUUUUUUUGCUGAAAGAGGUAGGAAGUCCUAUUUUGGUGGAAAAGUUAGCUACAGUGACUAUUAGAAUAGGAAAAUUUUCUCAUUACUUGAGUUGGAUGAAAUCGGUAAAAAGUUGGAGCUGAAUGAUGCACUUGAAUACUACUACAAGGCUAUGGAUGGAGGUUUCAAAAUUAUUCAAAAUGAUGAUCAACUUAUCGAUAUGGUAAACCAUAUUAAGGAUAAUGUUGUUGAUAUUUUUCUUGUCAUCCCUAAUACCGUUCUUGAUGAUUUGCUUGACGUGGAUGUUGGUAAUUGGGAAUGGGAGAGUGGGACCUUUCCAGAGAGUGUGGUUACCAUUGAUGAUGUAGAUAUGAUAAAGGGGUUAGGUGGAAGUGUAGCUGAUGAUGACUCAGAUUCUGAUGCAAACUAUGAUUAUUUUCAUGAUAGCGAUUAUGAUUUAAGUGAUGAAGAUGAUAGGAUUUAUGAGAAGAAUGUUGAUGCCAAUAGUGAAUGGGAUGGAAGUAGGAAUGCCGGGGUUGUAUCCCCAGCUGCGCCAAGGAAUAGAAUAGAAGAAGUAUCGGACUUCUUCAUGCAUGCUCCAAUUGAUGAAAAAGAUGAUAUUUUGGGUGAAUCAGAUGAUGCAGAAUAUGAAGAUUCUGAAGAUGGGUUCUUAAGUGGAUCAGAUGGUGAAGGUGAUCCAAAAGUGAAGAAACCAACUGUGUUUAGGCCAAUAAAAGGGAGAAAGGAUCCUGUUUUUUGUGAGGGUAUGAUAUUAAAGCAUAGGGCCCAGUUUGCUGGGGCUAUUAGGCACCAUUCAAUUCUGCAAGGGAGAGAGAUAAGAUUCACCAAAAAUGAAACCACAAGGGUGAGGGCUAUAUGUAAGGUUGUUGUUGAUCCAGAUGAUGGGAUAAAGAAGUUUGAGUGUCCGUGGACAAUUUUUGCGUCUGAUAUAGGGAAAGACAAAACACUAUAGGUAAAAACUUACAUCCAACACUAUAUAUACCUGUGGUAGAAUUUGGUGGAACAAGCUGAAGAAUAGCUCUUGGGUGGCAAUGAUGUACUUUGAUGAUAUAAGGAUCACUCCUAGCUUAAAGGUAUCAGAGCUAGUGGAAAAGGUUAAAUCAAAUUUCAAAUGCAAUGUUUCAGUUAACCAAUGCUAUAGGGCAAGGCAGAAGGUCUUGUAAAAACUUAAGGGUAACAUUGCAGAACAGUAUGUAAUGUUAUGGGAUUAUUGCCGUGAGAUCAACAUAACCAAAACUGGUACAAGUGUUUACAUCCAUUUGAAACAUGACCUUGAUGGAAUGCCUACCAAUGUGUUCCAAAGAUUUUAUAUUUGUUGGGCAGCUUUGAAGAAAGGGUGUAAAGAUGCUUGCAGACCAAUUCUUGGAGUGGAUGGGUGUCACUUGAAGACAUAUUAUCCUGGUCAAUUGCUAACAGUGGUGGGUAUUGAUGCAAAUGAUCAAACUUUUCCUAUGGCAUAUGCUGUUGUGGAGAUAGAGAACACUAAGACUUGGACAUGGUUUCUGAACCAUUUGAUUCUUGACCUACAAAUAGAGAAUGAACCUACUUGGACAAUAAUUUUAGAUAAGCAAAAGAGAUUGGAACAUGCUAUUAAGGAGUUGCUACCAGAAAUUGAGCAUAGGCAUUGUGUAAGACACUUACACAACAACUUCAAGAAUGUUGGAUAUGGGGGUCAAGUAUUGCAUGAUAAGUUGUGGAAUUUAGCCAGGGCAAGUUAUGUGGGUAAGUUCAACUUUUUGAUGAGAGAACUAGAGAAAGAAGACCCAGGGGCAUUGAAAAGGUUGUCUGACCCAGAUAGAAACCCUUGUCAUUGGUCUAGGUCACACUUUAUUGUCACCCCCAAGUGUGAUAUUUUACUCAACAAUCUAUGUGAAACAUUCAAUAAGGCCAUCUUGCCUGCUAUGGAUAAACCAAUACUCACCAUGUUGGAAAAAUUGAGGACAUAUUUCAUGAAAAGGUUGGUUGACAGAAGGGCAUUUGCUACAAAAUGGGUUGAAGAGUUGGGUCCUAGGAUUCAUGAUAAGAUUGAAAAGAUUAAGUCGAGGUAUGGUGACUAUAUAGUAAAACUAUGUGGUGAGGGAGAGUUUGAAGCAAGACAUAUCCGUACUAGUCAUCAGUACAAUAUUAAUCUACAAACACACACUUGUUCUUGUAGAAGAUGGGACCUCACUGGAAUUCCAUGUGAGCAUGCUGCAAGAGUCAUAGUUGAAUCAGGUGGAUAACCAGAGGAGUAUGUUAGUAAGUGGUACUCAAAGCAUAGCUACUUGACUGCAUAUGGAAAUGUAAUGCAUCCCAUGAAUGGUCCUGAUAUGUGGGAGAAGUCAGGUAAUAAUCCAAUCAAACCUCUAGACUUCAAAAGGCAACCUGGAAGGCCCCGUAAAGCAAGAACGAGGGAAGCAGAUGAAGGUGCAAGAAAGCCCUUCAAGCUUAGUAAAAUAGGGAUAAAAAUGACUUGCAGAAGAUGUGGGAUACAAGGGCAUAACACAAGGACAUGAAAAGCUCCUGUGGAUGCCCUUUCAUCAAGCUCUAGAGGAAAAGGAAGAAACCCCACUCCAACUUGAAUGUCUUGUUAUGCUUAAGUUCUUUAUUUUUGGGAUCCAAUUUGUUGCAUUUGGGGAUCCAUAAUGUAGUAAUAGUUAUGCAUUUGUCUUUAUGUUGGGAACUGCUCAGACUUGUUCAGUUAUGUUGGUCUGUACUUAUGUUUUAGUUUCAGUUAUGAACACUUUUGUCUUUAGAACACUUUUGUAAUGAACUUGAAAUAUGUAAUGGAAUAUGGUUCAUUUCUGUAACAUUAUAAUGACUUUAGUUCUACUUUGUUAUAAUUAAAUAUGGUUCAGUUU